AUGGCAAAGGACAACAGAAUUAUCGAGACAAAGAUCUCAAAAAAGAGAGCAGCUAAUGAAGAAUCUGAUGUCGAGCAAGACGAGGACAACCUUUUAUCCGUUAAUGGUUUGAUCGAUGCGGAAGCAAGCGAGAGUGACGAAGACGACGAAGAAUACGAGUCUGCUGUUGAAGAAAAGGAAUCGUCAUCUGAUGGAGAAACCAAAGAAGAUUCCGAUGACGACUCAGAUGCCGAAUUAAACAAACUACUCGCCGAAGAGGAAGGUGAGGAAGAAGAGGACUACGACAGCUCUGAGUUUUCAGACGACACAACUUCCUUAACAGACAAAUUAUCAGGCGUAAAAUUACAUACCAUCGCCGAUCCGAAUAUUUACUCAAAAUAUGCAGAUGGUAGUGAUAGAGUUAUCAAACCUGAAAUUAAUCCAGUUUAUGAUAGCGAUGAUAGUGAUGCCGAAACGCAAAAUACCAUUGGUAAUAUUCCACUUUCUGCAUACGACGAAAUGCCCCAUAUUGGAUACGAUAUCAACGGCAAAAGAAUCAUGAGACCUGCUAAGGGUUCUGCCUUAGACCAACUGUUGGAGUCUAUCGAGUUACCUGAAGGCUGGACUGGGUUAUUGGACAAGAAUUCAGGUUCAAGUUUGAACUUAACGAAAGAAGAACUGGAACUUAUUUCUAAAAUACAAAGGAACGAACAAACUGAUGAUAGUAUAAAUCCAUACGAGCCGUUGAUCGAUUGGUUCACGAGACAUGAAGAAGUUAUGCCAUUAACUGCUGUUCCGGAACCAAAAAGAAGAUUUGUUCCAUCCAAAAAUGAAGCCAAAAGAGUUAUGAAAAUUGUUAGAGCUAUCAGAGAAGGCCGUAUUAUUCCUCCAAAAAAAUUAAAGGAAAUAAAAGAGAAGGAGAAAACCGAAGACUAUCAAUACGACUUAUGGGGUGAUUCUACUGAAACUAAUGAUCAUGUGAUGCAUCUAAGAGCACCAAAAUUACCUCCACCAACUAAUGAAGAAAGUUACAAUCCACCCGAAGAGUAUCUUUUGUCGCCUGAAGAAAAAGAGGCUUGGGAAAAUACUGAAUAUAGUGAAAGAGAAAGAAACUUCUUGCCUCAAAAGUAUUCUGCCUUAAGAAAGGUCCCUGGUUACGGCGAAUCUAUUAGAGAAAGAUUUGAAAGGUCUUUAGAUUUGUAUCUAGCGCCUCGUGUCCGUAAAAACAAAUUGAAUAUCGAUCCAAAUUCUUUGAUCCCAGAACUUCCCUCUCCUAAGGAUUUGAGACCUUUCCCUAUUCGUUGCUCAACGGUAUACGCUGGCCACAAGGGGAAAGUACGUACAUUGUCCAUUGAUCCUUCUGGAUUAUGGCUAGCAACAGGCUCUGAUGACGGAACAGUCAGAGUAUGGGAAAUUUUAACUGGUAGGGAAGUUUAUAGAACAACUUUGGUCGAUGGCGAUGAAAACCCAGAUGACCAUAUUGAAUGCAUUGAAUGGAAUCCUGACGUUAAUAACGGUAUUCUCGCAGUUGCUGUUGGUGAAAAUAUUCAUCUAAUAGUACCACCAAUAUUCGGUUACGAUAUUGAAAAUAACGGCAAAACAAAGAUUGAAGAUGGUUUCGGCUACGAUACUUUUGGUACUGUUAAAAAAUCUAACCUAGAAGUCAAUGAGGAUGGUAAUGACGAUGAAGAUGGUGAAAAUGAAUCUACUAAGAAUGCCGUAAAAAAACAAGUAGCCCAGUGGAACAAACCUUCUCAAAAGCAACUAGAAAGAGAUAUUUGUAUCACUAUUUCUUGUAAAAAAACUGUAAAAAGGCUUUCAUGGCAUAGAAAGGGUGAUUAUUUCGUCACCGUCCAACCUGAUUCUGGUAACACUUCUGUUUUGAUUCACCAAGUUUCCAAGCAUUUGACCCAAUCCCCAUUCAGAAAAUCGAAGGGGAUUAUUAUGGAUGCCAAGUUCCAUCCUUUCAAACCUCAAUUGUUUGUCUGUUCCCAAAGAUAUGUCAGAAUUUAUGAUUUAUCUCAACAAAUAUUAGUAAAGAAACUGUUGCCUGGUGCCCGUUGGUUAUCUAAAAUCGAUAUUCACCCAAGAGGCGAUAAUUUAAUUGCUUCGUCGUUUGACAAGAGAGUCUUGUGGCACGACCUGGAUUUGGCUAGCACGCCAUACAAAACACUAAGAUAUCAUGAUAAAGCUGUCAGAAGUGUGAAUUUUCACAAAAAGUUACCUCUAUUCAGUUCUGCCGCUGAUGACGGUACCAUACAUGUUUUCCAUGCCACUGUUUAUGACGACAUGAUGAAAAAUCCAAUGAUUGUGCCACUAAAGAAACUAACCGGUCACAAAGUAAUGAAUAGUCUGGGUGUUCUCGACGCUAUUUGGCAUCCAAGGGAAGCUUGGCUAUUUUCUGCCGGUGCUGAUAAUACGGCUCGUUUAUGGACCACAUAG